CUGGGGUCCUCGUUCAACUACCAAAAAUAGCAGAGCAACUCCACGGGGUCAGGUGGGUGCCGCCCUUCCCAGUGAAGCAGACGAGCUGAUCCGGACACAACCAUGAAGCUCAGCGUCGUUCUCUUCUUUGCCGGCUUCUUCGGUGCUUUAGCCGCCGUUUUUCUGUUGCUGUCCUUUGGGACCGAUUACUGGCUCUUGGCCUCAGAGACAUGCGACCCGGGGGAGCUGCCGACUGUUGGUCCUGGGAACGUGCCGGUGGAGCGAGGGGACAUGGUGGUUCAACAGAGAAGUCAAGACGAUGCCACGUUCCACCAUGAGGGGUUCUUCUGGAGGUGUUACUUUAAGGACAGAAUGGAGGAGGACACCUUGCUGAAGUUCUGGUUCACCAAUCAGCCCCCUUCCAAGCUGUGCAUGCACUCCUACCAGUUUCCGUUUCCUUUCUCCGAGAAGAACAACAACGGCACGGACUACGAUUCCGCCAUCAUCUACAGGGGCUUCUGGAGCAUCUUUAUGCUGGUGGGUGUGGUCGCUGCGGUGACGGCAGGGUUCAUCAUCAUCUGCGCUGCCCCCUUUGCAAGUCACCGACUUUACAAGGCAGGAGGUGGUCUCUUCGUAACCGCCGGCUUUUUCUUUCUGGCCGUCAUUGUGAUGUCGGUCAUCUGGGUCGAGGUUCUGGACACACUGAACCGGUACGUGGAACAGCAGCGGAUCUUGAAGUGUAACAACUUCCAGCUCAGUGUCCAGUAUGGCCUGUCCUUCAUGUUCGCGCCCGUGGGCGUCUUCUUCUCCCUUCUGGCGGGGCUGCUCUUCGCGCUGAUCGGGCGGUCGUUGCACGUGCAACACCAGUGAAAUCCGAUGUCACUCAGCUGUUUUGCAGGCAAUCCGUCAGCGCGUCCUGUGGGCAGUUCCCCGUGCUCAUGAUAAAACGUUUUAGGGGAAGAACCAGUUGUAUGAAACAAGGUGAGAAGGUUUGGGAUCAGUUGACUACAAAUAGACCAGAGGUGUGUCUUUCAACCUGCUCACACUGGGGUCAUCCUGGAGCUGAAAAGCAAAAGUACUCUGUGUGUGUUCUGUGUUAUAACACCACCGUGUCAUUCAUCAGCAGUGUGAAAUAAACAAGCUAGACGGGAAAAGAAAACUGGAUUGAUGGAUCUGGUACAGAUGUUUGCCACAUUUCUUAAGUUGUGAAGUUGUUUUAUGAAAAACGAUGUGCUGUGCUUUAUACAUCAACCCUUCACAUUGUGUGAGAUAGUUGUGAAAGUACUCAGAGACACAGGAAGAUUCGUCACUUAUAUUGAAGAGAUCUUGUCUACGAUACUGUUUUCAAGCUGUUAAAUUUUUUAAAACUUUGUUUUUGACCAGGUUUUUUUCUUUUGUAUAUUCUUAAUGGAAGCAGUUGUUAAAUGCCAUACCACCGCUUGUAUCACCUACAAGGUACCCUUGUGGUUAUAUUGGGAAAAAGUCAUGUUUUCUUUGUAAAUAGUAUGUCUUUAUAUUUAAACAUAUUAGC